AUUGUAAUUUGUAAUGUCCGGUUGACGCUGUCAUUCAGAAUUAUUGUUCAAUUCGGCCAUUUUGUUGGUUUUUCGGCGACUGUAACACGUGUUCCGUUGCCAAAAUGGCUGUAGCCAAAAAGCCCGUGGCGAAAAAAGCCCAAUUACAUCAAAAGUCUGGUAAGAAGGGAGUGAAGGGUGGCAAAAUUCGUGGUAAAGGCCAGAGAAGGAAAAUUAACCUGAAGUUUACCAUCGACUGCACACACCCAGCAGAAGACAGCAUCCUGGAUGUAGGAAACUUCGAGAAAUACCUGAAAGAGCGUGUCAAGGUGGAAGGCAAAACUAAUAACCUAGGCAAUCACGUUGUUAUCGCAAGGGACAAGACUAAAGUAGCCAUCAGUGCAGACAUUCCCUUCUCAAAGAGGUAUCUGAAAUACCUUACAAAGAGGUACCUCAAGAAGAACAAUCUUCGUGACUGGUUGAGAGUGGUUGCCUCCGCACAUGACUCUUAUGAACUGCGCUACUUCAACAUCAACGCUGACAGCGACAAUGAAGACAAUGAAGAUUAAACAUUCACUUCAAUAAAAUAGUUUAUACACAA